AUGGUGAGCUACCUGCAGUGGAAGGGGGUAGAGAAAGAGAUUGCAGCAGCAGGGACAGCAACUACAUCGGACAAGGUAGAGGAUCUCUUGGAAGAAAAGGAGAGUGAGGGAGUUGGUGAUGAAAAAGAUGAGGAGAUCGAAGAUGUGGAACGGGCAGAUUCAGUUGAUUGGGUGUGGGAGAAGGCACCAGCCAGGGAAGCGGAUGAAAACAAGGGAGUGGAGAUAGCAGGGGAGCAGCCAAGCAAGGAAGUAGCUGAGGGUGUCAACGAUGAAGUGGCUAGAGAAGAGAGAGAUGAAGAAUCAGCAGCUGAAGGAAGUAGCGAUCCCUGGAAGUUCCUGAAUAGUGGUGACAACCAGGCAGCAGAGAAGGAGAUAGAGGACUUACUUGAGGAGGGCGCCAUCGUGAUUGGAAGGGAAGUAAAGGAUGGAGAAGGGAAAGCAUUGACGGAUUCCAGUGAGGAAGAGGUCGAAUCAUCUGCAGAGGAGUUGGGGAAAGGAAAGAGGGUGAAGAAACCAAACCCUCGGUAUGCGCAACUGCUGAUGACGUGCUGGAAGGACAUCCAUACCCAUCUCCUACUCUCUGCCACAGCAACUGACCUAGUCUCCAAUGAAGGGAAAGAUCUGCAUAUCCUUGCUUUGCUCCCAAGCCUCACCCAUCUCUCCGUGUCGGAAAGGAUCUCUCAAUUUCAACCAAGGCCGCUGCCUUCUCCUCCCUUCUCGUUCGCGCAUCUGCCAUCGCUCAAGUCGUUGGAUCUGGGUAGCAGCUGCCCACCGUUCGACGUUAUGUUCCCCUCAGAAUCGCCGUGCAGCCUCUUGGAACGCCUCACGCUCAGCCAGUGCGAUGAGCUCGCCUCGUUCCCGAACGAUCUUGAAGACCGCUUGCCGUGUCUCCGCGAGCUGACCAUCAGCGAAUGCAGGUCGUUCUUCGAGCAACCCCAGCAGCUCACCUCCCUGACCAACCUGCGCCGCUUGAAGCUUUCGGACUGCAGCUUCGCCGGUCUGCCUCACGAUUUCGGCGAGCUGCCCGCGCUGAAAACGCUCGUGCUGCACAAACUCAAUGUGGACCUCCCUGCCUCGUGCAGCCAGCUCAAGACUCUAGAGACGCUGUUAGUCACAGACUGCGCACACCUACGCGAGUUACCAGAGGGGUUCGGUGCUCUCACUGCGCUCAAAACCCUGUGCCUUGCAGGCUCACCUCCUCUGAUCCUGCCUGACGACAUCGGAGAUCUCACCAACCUGCAGACUCUCUUCCUGAAGUCGUACCAGCAACGCCAUCUGCUUCCCUCCUCCUUCACCCACCUAGCGUCACUGACAAGGCUUGAGCUUCAGGACUGCGCGUUGGCAGAGCUCCCAGAGGCAAUGGGGGAGCUGAGGUGCCUGCGGGAGCUCUACAUCCAAUCCUGCUCGCACCUCCAGAAACUCUCAGACUCCGUUUCAGCCCUCCUGGGCCUCGAAAUCCUCAAGGUUGACAGCUGCAGCAGCCUUUUCUCGGUGCCUAGGAGUUGUGUGAACCUGACGAGGCUGAAGGAGUUGGAGCUGACCGGCUGUGGGUUGCUGAGAAAAGCUCCCGAGUUCUUGCCGGCCUCGCUAGAAGCACUAAGCGUGGGGUGUUUACAUCAGGUCACCCGUCUGCCAGGUGUCUAUCAUCUUCCAUGCUUUGAAAAAGCAAGCCUGUACAUGGCGGUUUUCCCUUCCGCACUCUCCAGAAGCCUUUCCUCUCUGGAGCACUUGAAGCUGUACUUGGCUUGGGAGGAGGAGUUCCCGUUUCCACUAACGGCAUUUCCUCACCUCCGCACCCUGUCAAUCCUAAACACUGGAGUCCUGAAGCUUCCAGAUUUUUCCCGCUCGUCAUUGCAAGAGUUGCGUCAACUAGCAAUACUCCUGCCGGAAUUGACAGAACUCCCACCGACCAUUGCAGCCCUCCGGAAGCUCACAUACAUGGAGGUCAGGGCCCCCAAGGUCUCCUCACUUCCUGAUUCACUCAUGGCGCUCACCCGAUUAUGCAAGUUGAUUCUGUCCGAUGGCCAAUCUCUCACACACCUCCCUGCUUCCCUCACUCAGCUGUCCUGCCUCUGUGAGCUACGGGUCCACCAGGGCUCCAUUACUUGUCUUCCUCCCAACUUCUCUCGCCUUAGCAGGCUGCAGAUUCUGGACUUGGAGGAUUGCAAAGAGCUAGAGGCUCUGCCCGAAGAUCUAGGAGAGCUGAAGCUGCUGAUGAUUUUGAACGCUAGGGGUUGUGACAAGCUGCACGAUGAUGAAGGCCAACUUCUCCUGCCUGAGGGGUGCAAUUCGUACCGUUGGAGGUUUUAG